UGUGGAAGCAUGACCGCGCAGUGGAAUAGGCUGGUAACGAGUUCUUUGAUCUUUUCGUUUCUCUCACAAAAUAUAACAAACAAAAUGGUAAGACAUGUUGAAAUAAUCCUUCAAUUUUGCAUGCAAUCUUUAAGUUUUAGUUCACUUUUUCAACUGAAACAUUAUCAGUAGACAUAGAAGAGUUUCUUUGCGUAUAUAUUUUCUUAUAAAUCCAUGUUUUUGACCGGAAAUUUCCACAUUCAUUCAGGCUGACGUUCAAGUAAAAAAGAAACGUACUUUUCGUAAGUUUACUUACCGUGGUGUCGACUUGGAUCAGUUACUUGAUCUUCAAAGCGACAAUCUAAUGGAGUUGGUACAUGCUCGUGCAAGGAGACGUUUCUCGCGAGGGCUGAAGAGGAAACCUUUGGCUCUGAUAAAGAAAUUGCGAAAGGCGAAGAAAGAGGCACCACCGAUGGAGAAACCCGAAGUGGUCAAGACCCAUCUGAGAAAUAUGAUUGUCGUACCUGAGAUGAUUGGCAGUGUUAUUGGUGUGUACAAUGGCAAAACUUUCAACCAGAUUGAAAUUAAGGUUUGUGCCUAGUCUCUUGACUGCAAAAUACUUGAUCUUGAAUAAUUUGUCAGCCAGUGUAGGUGAUACCAAUUAUAAGAAAGCUUCAGAUUGACCGGUCUACCUAAAAAAUACAAGGAGAACUUUGACGUUUGGCGCCCUUAUCAAUCCGAACCUUUCUUACAUUGUAGUUGUAUUUCAGUAUUCGCAUAUCUGUUUGGGUACAUCUACCCGAUACGGCUAGGUGUAUGCAAUUCUUAUUCUGGUAUAUAUACUCUAGGCGUAAAAAAAAAAUACCUGUGGUUCCGGUUCCCGACCGACCCUAUUUAUUUUCUGCCUACCCUAUUAUUUUUUCAACGCGAUUGACUGUGCGACCCUAUUUUCUCCAGGUGGUUGCGGGCUGCUCAUACGGCGUGCCAAAAUGGCGUCUGUUGUCACACUAAUUAUUGAGCAAAAUUGCCUAAAUUCGUCGAUAGGAAAUACGCAUCUCUAGUUAAUAUUGAUGUCGGGACUCUACUGCAAAUCGCCCAGCAAAAAAAAAACGCCAAAACCAUGAAAAAAAUAUUCAAAAAAAAAUAAUUUCCGACCUACCGACCCUAAUUUUUUCACGAUAUGAAACCGGAACCACAGGUAUUUUUUUUUACGCCCUACCAAUAAAUGCAUGUAAAGAUGUCAAAUUUUGCCAUGUACACUGACAAGCUAGAAUAGUGGCACCAGCAGUCGUUUUCUUACAUGGCAGUCUUGUAUGGCUUAUUGUACCGUGUUAGUGAGCCUUUGGAUUACACCCAGGAUGCAAUUUUACUUCAAAGAUGGAGUGGUGUGAUGAUACAGCUUGAUGUAGUGCUCAGCAUGAGAUAUACAACAUGUCACACAUUCAUAAUUUAAUCCUUAACUGUUUGAGUGGUAAUGCACCCUGUCAAUGCAGGGUUCGAAUUAAUUCUGAAAAAAUGGUUUGUGAAUUAAUUUUUUUAUUUUAAGGAUAUUUUAAGGAAUUUUCUCUAAUUGGAAGUUAAAAAGUGGAAGCACUGCAAUUUUCAAAUAUAUAUAAUAUACAUCGCAAACUCGCAAAUAAAUAGAAUUUUGUGUGGAAUUAUAAUCGUUUUUAAGUACAAUCUAACAACAAUAUCUUCAGAACAUAUGAUCCUUCAUCACAUUUACAAGGAACUGAAUUUAUUAUUGUAUAUUUUUAUCAAUUUGAGAGACUUUUGAUUCGUGAUUUUGAUAAAUUUCUAUGAAAUUGGGUUUUCGUGAAAAAUGAAAAUUGAUUCGUGAUUCACGAACCGUUAUUUCGAACCCUGCAAUGUGUCUUACUCUGUCUAACACCAGACAAUUUUACUCAUCAGGGGGAGAGUGCUAUUACUUAGGGGUUAAUCAGAGUAUCUGCCAUGCAUUCUGUUAACCCUUGAUGUGGCAAUUGCACUUUAUUAUUUUAUUCUGUUUAAUGCCAGACAAUUGUACUUGUCAAUGGAUGAGUGGUUGAGUUUAGGUAUCAUCCUAAUUAUAACAUGUUUUCUGUAAUUAUAACUAAAUAUAAUGUUAUUUUUUUAUUCAGCCUGAAAUGAUUGGACACUACCUUGGUGAGUUUUCUAUCACGUACAAGCCAGUGAAACAUGGUCGACCUGGUAUUGGUGCUACUCAUUCUUCCAGGUUUAUUCCUCUGAAGUAAAUCUCUUUGUGCAGUCUGCAUAAUGCUGAAUAAAUAGUAAAAAUACAUCUUGUGUCUUGAGUUAGGUAUCUCAAUUCAAUCUUUGCCACAGUGCUGAAAAUGUCGGGAACCGCCAGUAAUACCGCUGCCACGAAAAUUAAACAAAAUAUCUUGCAGGAAAUUUUUAUCAUUCUGUAUACUGGAAUAGGAAUGUUCGGUAUGAGGAAUUUCCGGUAUCGGUAUACCGAAAAAAUUAUACCGAUAUUAUCCGUAUACCAGUUUUCCUUUGAUAAUUAUAAAGGAAAAUUCUUUAAUGGAAAUUUGAAGGUAAUUGUGAGUAAUUCUAAAAAGGGAAACGAUAAUUUUGAAGCUGUUUCGAAAUCUAAAUCAGUAGAAAGUUCUUUGAAUUGCCAUUCAGUAGUAAAAUAGAGGUUAUGGUUUUGCCAUAUAGUUGGUAAAUGUAACACGGUAUACCGAAAAACUCCGGUAUAUCAGAAAUUUCGGUAUGUCGGUAUGGCUGAAUAUCCGGUAUCGAUAUACAGAUAUUGAUUUAAUACCGAUAUUUUCGGUCCUAUACUGGAAUGUCACUUAAUUUACUUAUUGUUUGCAAAAGCGUUUUACACUUAGAGAUUUUCUUGUGUUGAGAUUUAAGUUAUCACAAUGUGUGCCACCAUAUGUUCUAUGAAUUACACAUGCAGGAAGUUUUAUAUUUGACUUAACACAGGAAAUUUUUAUUUUUGGAUUUUGCUGCCUGGAAGUAGGGGUGCACCGGAUUUGGAAUUUUCAAAUCCGACCAGAUUUACCAGAUUUGAGAUAAACCGGUAAUGGGGACAAUUGGAGAUAAAUCAGUAUUCAAAAUGGCGGUUUAUGUUUUUUAUUAUUUUUAGUUAGUGUCAGUUCAGAUUUUUGAUUGUGUUUAAACCUUUUUUUAAAUAUAUUUUUGAUAAUAACUUAAUAUUUUAUAAUAAUAUAAGUGUUUUUUAAACUUUAAAGCUGCCAAAUUGAUGGUUUAUCCCAUUCUUGGUGAGUUUUUUAAGGUGAAAACAGAAAUUUAAAUCCGGCCGGAUUUUCACUAAAUCCGGCCGGAUGCCGGAAAAUUCGUUAAAUCCGGCCGGAUUUGAAAUCCGGUGCACCCAGGGACCUGGAAGAGAAACAUAUUUUCUAGGCUUGCUUUGCUGUCUGGAGCAUAUUUCGCAUAUUUAUGCACAUUAUUCUUGACAUGGCCUGGUUUUUCCCGAGACCAUGUGGCCCGAUCUUUUGUGUGAUGCUGCGAUCUUUGUAUAUUGUUAAUCUUUCGUCAGUUUAUUCAUUUUUGGGGGAAUAAUUAAGUCUCGGGCAUGGUUUUAAAUGAGGGGGAAGUUGAACAAGAUUUUGUGUUGAGCACGCACAUGUUUCCUUUCAUGUUCUCAAGUUUUUGCAAGGUUGAAAGAUUUAUUACAGUAGCUAAUGCUUCGUUAUUUACAGUACAACAUCCUCCAAGCUUUGAAGUUAUAUUUUUAGAGUGGUUUUAUAUAUGGUUUUAGUGCAAAUGUAUAUGAUGGGCAAAUGCAGAGUAUAUUAUUUUAGUGCGAAUAUAUUUGUGCGAAUCAGUAUAUGAUUUUAAUGUGAAUAUGCAAAUGAGUAUAUCAAUAUGAUUUUAGUGCGAAUAUAUAGGUGCAAAUGUAUAUGAGUUUAGUGCAAGUAUGUCUAGAAUACAAUAGAAUGGUUUUAAAUUUCUAAAACGGUUACAACAUUCAACAGGGUUCCCAAUAUAAUUUAGAGAAGGAGGUAUUUGAGAAAAGAAAUAAGUUGGGGGGGGGGGGGGCUUCUCUGCAAAGUUUCCGUACGGUCGAUCCGUUUCAAAUUAUAUAUUCCCUUACUUAAGUGCACUUUUUUUAUUUUGCUUUAACCAGU